AUGGUCGACCUCUCAAACUCUGCAACAAUGUCGACUCCGUCCAUGGAAAUUGCCCUGGGUUGUAUCCCCGCCGACCCGAACGGGAUAGAGAGCAAGAAUGUUACCAACGUCCUUGACCUCUGGCACCUGAAGAAAGAGAUCCCGGCUCCCUUCGUCUGGCCCCACGCAGACACGCACCCGUCGUCGUUGACGACGACGGAGCUGGACGUGCCGGUGGUCGACGUUGGCGCGGCGCUGCGCUCCGCCGCCGGGAUGCGCCAUGCCGCGGCGCAGGUGGCCGCCGCGUGCGCGAGCCACGGCUUCUUCCAGGUGACCGGGCACGGCGUGGACCCGGCCCUAGCCCGCGCCGCGCUUGACGGCGCCGGGGGCUUCUUCGACCUCCCGCUCGCCACCAAGCAGCGCGCACGCCGCGCCCCCGGCACCGUCACGGGCUACGCCUCCGCCCACGCCGACCGCUUCGCCUCCAAGCUUCCCUGGAAGGAAACUCUCUCCUUCGGCCACGACCACGACGACGGCGACAGCCGCGGCGUCGUGGACUACUUCACCUCCACCCUAGGCGACGACUUCAAAGACCUAGGGGAGGUGUACCAGGAGUACUGCAAGGCGAUGGAGGAGGCGUCGCUGGCGAUAAUGGAGGUGCUCGGGGUGAGCCUGGGGCUGGGGAGAGGCUACUACAGGGACUUCUUCGCCGACGGCAGCUCCAUCAUGAGGUGCAACUAUUACCCGCGGUGCCCGGAGCCGGACAGGACGAUGGGGACGGGGCCGCACUGCGACCCGUCGGCGCUCACCAUCCUGCUGCAAGACGGCGCCGUGGACGGGCUCCAGGUGUUUCUCGACGGCGCCUGGCGCUCCGUGCGGCCCAAGCCCGGAGUGCUCGUCGUCAACAUCGGCGACACAUUCAUGGCGCUGUCGAACGGGCGGUACAAGAGCUGCCUCCACCGCGCGGUGGUGCACCGGGAGCAGGAGCGCCGCUCGCUGGCCUACUUCCUCUGCCCACGCCACGACCGCCUGGUGCGCCCGCCGUCGUCUCCGGCGCCGGCGCCCCGGCUGUACCCGGACUUCACGUGGGCCGACCUCAUGCGGUUCACGCAGCGCCACUACCGCGCCGACAACCGCACGCUCGACGCCUUCGCGCUCUGGCUCGGCCCGCCAAGCUGCUCCGCCCCGCCGAUGUCGCCCGGCUAA